AUGGCAUCCGGCAGCAGCUCGUCCAACGUUGUGGGCGUGCACUACCGCGUCGGCAAGAAGAUUGGCGAGGGCUCCUUCGGCGUCAUCUUCGAAGGCACCAACCUGCUCAACCAGCAGCAGGUCGCCAUCAAGUUCGAGCCGCGCAAGAGCGAUGCUCCCCAGCUGCGCGAUGAGUACCGCACGUACAAGAUCCUUGUGGGGUGCCCCGGCAUUCCCAAUGUCUACUACUUCGGACAGGAGGGUCUUCACAACAUAUUGGUCAUUGAUCUGCUAGGCCCCAGCUUGGAGGACCUUUUCGACCACUGCAACCGGAAGUUCUCCAUCAAGACCGUGGUCAUGGUAGCCAAGCAAAUGUUGUCCCGUGUACAAACCAUCCACGAGAAGAACCUCAUCUACCGAGACAUCAAGCCCGACAACUUCCUCAUCGGCCGACCUGGCUCCAAGGCCGCUAACGUCAUUCACGUUGUCGACUUCGGCAUGGCCAAGCAGUACCGCGAUCCCAAGACGAAGCAGCACAUCCCGUACAGAGAACGCAAGUCACUCUCCGGAACCGCACGAUACAUGAGUAUCAACACUCAUCUCGGAAGAGAGCAGUCGCGACGAGAUGAUUUGGAGGCGCUUGGCCACGUUUUCAUGUACUUCCUCCGAGGCGGACUCCCGUGGCAGGGCCUCAAGGCUGCCACGAACAAACAAAAAUAUGAGAAGAUUGGUGAAAAGAAGCAGACCACGCCGAUCAAGGAUCUGUGCGAUAGCUUCCCUGAGGAGUUCAACAAGUACCUCAGCUAUGUUCGCAAUCUCGGUUUCGAGGAUACACCCGACUACGACUACCUGCGCGAGCUGUUCACACAGGCGCUCAAGAGCACUGGUGAAGUCGAAGACGGCGAGUACGACUGGAUGAAGCUCAACAACGGCAAGGGCUGGGAACAGAUGAAGUCGCACCCAUCAGCCGUCCAGCAACUGCACCACAGCAACGUUAACCCAAACUCGUCGACCGCGGUCAACGUUCACGGCCAGCCCCACGCCAGGCAACAGAAGACGCACCUGCCCAUCGACCACCACCGAUUGAAUGCGGAUCUCCCAAAGCCCGGAGCGACCCGAGGCCCGCCCGGAAGAAGCCCAAGAGAUCUCCAGCAACGUGGAGGUCACCCCGACGCAGUCAAGCGGAAGAGCGCAGCCGAGCUGGCACCACCGGAAGGCUCUACGCAAGCCCAGUUCCAGCACAGCCAGCCGAACCUGACGAGCAAUCGUGCAACACCCGUACAGAGUCCCAACGCUCAGCCACCCCGGCAACAGCAGGCUGACAAGCCGAGUUUUGGAAAGAAGCUCAUGAACGUGCUUUGCUGCGGUGGAGGCGGGGCCUAG